GGCUAUCCAAGUCGAUUGAGGGAGAUUGGAGCACCCGGGUGCCUGGAUAUAUCAGGAUCCGCUGAGGCGUAACUUUCCAUUCCGGCUGCAACUGCACUCCUCCUCUCGAGACAAUUCGUCGCGGAAAAUAAUGGUCGGCUUGAGAGACCCAGCACACUGGUCGCGGUGGGCUUGCCGACAUGAAGCCCAUCAGGAUUCUUUGUUUGUUGCACGCCACUGUGGAAGGGAGGUUCAAGUUCAUAGAUAAUAGAUGUUAUGGACGUCGCUUCGCAGAGGAAUAUGCUUUACACGGUUUACUUCACUUAUUUCCUUUGUUCGAAAUCUUUUUCCGCCACUUUUGCCACUUGCUGCUUAGGACUGGUAGUAGCCAUGAAGCACCACAGCCCGGAGCUUGUAUUGGGCCUAGGAGUGGGAUGCAUGGUCAUACCAUGUGUUUUCACCGGACUCCGUAUGUGGGCUAAACGGCUGGGGAAGGGGUGUUUGUCGUGGGAUGAUUAUUUCGCGGUGGGAGCGCUGGCAAUUACUAUCACUACGUGUGGAACACAAAUAGUUGCAACAGUACACGGAAGACUGGGUAAACACCAAAUCGUUCACGCCAAUGGCCAACCUGUGCUGGAUGACCCAGAGUUCCUCGUGUACGAACACACGAAAUUCAUCCAGACCAUCCUCAUAACCGUAGGGCUCGGCUGCAUCAAGGCCUCCAUCCUAUUAUUCUACAACGGCAUCUUCUCCCGCAUACGCUCUUUCCGAAUCGCAGUACACAUCAUGCUGGGCAUCGUCGCAGCAUGGGUGAUAUCGCACACGUUCGCAAACAUAUUCUUAUGCUGGCCCGUCACCGUGCUCAUCGAACCCUACUUCGGAAACAAAUGUAUUAACGCUGGAGAGAUAUGGCUGUCGAAUCUUUACACGGAUAUCAUCGUCGACGUGGCGAUCUUGAUUAUGCCCAUCCCGAUGGUUCUAAGGCUGCAGCUUCCGUGGGCUCAGAAGUUGGGGAUUAUCGGUGUUUUCAUGCUUGGAACAUUGGUAUGCGCAACUAGCGUUACGAGGGCCGUGGUUCUCACAAAGAUGAUGGGUGAAUACUUGAUCAAUUACAACGACUUGAUGUAUUGGACAGCGCCUGCCUUCUUCUGGUCCAAUAUCGAGCUCUCGCUAGCAGUAGUCUGUGCCUCCCUGCCUCCCUGAGGCCAAUUUGGACGUUUAUGAGACACGGCAAGAACAAUUCCACACGGAUGGUGUAUACGGAAGACUCGUUGGCGGGAUCGGCGACACGGCCGAAGAAAGAGA